GUCUCUGUAAUCAGUUUCCAAUAUGACUUCUGCUACACUGUUAGCAUUAGAUGACUCUUCAAACUGCUUUUUUGCUUGGCCACAAGAAUUUUACAGAAUUUCUGCAGUUUCUCUAACAAAUAAACUGUGGAAAAGCCGCAAUUUAGUAAUUCGCCAAAAAUAAGUUAACUAAAAGUUUGAUUGCGUACAAAAGUCUCGCAUGACUAAGCCGACGAAGGAACAAGCUGUCGACGUUCGUCCAUGCAUGACAGGAAUUCGAGCGGCUGUGAGCAAAGGUUCCCUCUCGUCUGAUCUCUCACCGAGCAGAAAGAGAAGAGAAUAAAAAUUUCUGCCUCGCAGGGUACGCUCUCAUUCAUUGCUACUUUAGGUGCAAGAUGGCUGUCGACGGUAUUCCAGUUGUGGACUUAGUGCGAUGAGUCUGGAAAACAAGAAUCCUUUAUGCGAAGAUGAUCCAACCAUAAAAGACCUUGCUGAUCAAGUGUAUCAAGCGUUUAGUACGAUUGGAUUUGUAUAUCUCAGGAACCAUGGAAUUCCGCAAGAAAUGGUUGGCGCUGAGUUACAACUGGAGCUUGCUGGCUUGUCUGUCACGCGACUUACAGACAAGAGUUACACGGGUUUACACAUGUAACGUGGCUGAACAAUUUUUUCAACUUCAACUUUAUGUAUUGCUGUCGAAGGGAGUGAGCCUGAAGCGAACGAUCAAGGCAGCAGAUCUAAUCGGUUAAAAAUUACAAUAGGGGCAUUCGACCGCUUUCUUGCACGCAAGCUGGUUGUUAAGAGUUAGUAUAGGUUAGAAUUACACCUGUAGGUCGAUAAAAGUCCGCUCGUAUUAACAAGGACAUCCGCCGCGAAACAGAACCAAAGUGAUCACCGUGAAACAAGAUUCUGAACUUAAUUAUCUGAGAGUAAUUUAACGUAAAGGCAGAGCGUUUUGGAUCCGAACUGUCAUGUGUUGGUUAAAAACCGGUAAAACUUGUUAAAACCAGUAUUUUAGACUUAUUUUGUCCAUGGGUGUGUACGGCGGCUGAUCAAACAAUCGCGCGGUUGCAAGCAGAGGUUUCCUCUCGUCUCUUGCUGAGCAGACAGAGAAAGGAAUCUCUGCUCGCAGGGCCGAAAAACCAAUUGGAAACUGACUCGUGGGAAAGGUUCAACGUUGUAUUAUGGUACUAUUGAUGAAAAGUAAUCGUUUCAAAACAAUUAGAAAUGCAAAACACAAAAAGACAUUUUAAGUUUCAUUUGAUUUCCAUGAUGAAUUUGUUGUUCAAUGUUAUUUAAUUUAUAAAUUGUAACGAACAAAAUCACAAGAAUAUACUGCUUCAAUAACUAGACACCAUGGCGCCAACUAAUCACCUACAGUGUUGAUUUCAUGUAAUGUUAUGCUUCUGCAAGCAAAACAGUUACUUUCAACAACUUCCACAGCGAAGACAUCUGUAGCUUUCAGCACAAAGUAACACAAGAAGGAUAAAAUGUGGCCGACAAUUCUAGCAAGUCUCCUUCAACUGUACCAUUUCAACAGAUCGAGUCUUGAUUCGUCUUUCUGGUAGAUUGCACCAACCAGCAGCCGCUCACUAGCAUGUCUAACUAGACCCUGGGACUACAUAUCACGCGUACACAUCAUCAUCCUAAUCAUAAGCAAACUCUUUGGCAUGCCUUAGCUUGCACUUUAAGUUAACUUAAUCUGUUAAAAUGCUUGCAAUUAUUAAUAAGAACGUUUAUACGUUACACUUUCUUUUACACUAUAUAUUGAGCCUCUCUACACUCUAUCAUGAUAGUGGGAUACUGGGGGAGGGAGGGUACCCCCCAAAGUUUUUUGUGGAGGAGUGCGUUCCGAACCUUGAAACCUGUACCCUGUUUCAGACCGAAAUCUGUGAUUUGCCAUACUCUGUUUCAGACCUGAGCAAAAAAAUUGCCACCCCAUUUCAGACCUCUUAAAUAAGUAUACGGCUCUAAGAUAUGACUACAGCUAGUCAGAAUUGGCUUCCAUUUGCGAAACAUUCUGACAAUAGCAAUGACUCCUGGCCUGCUCUUGGCCAGUCCAUGAUUUUCACACCCUGGAGACAAAGGCUCAACGAGACGCAAGUAAAGGCCCUGUUACAAGCGCUCUCCAAUGCUUUUGGGAGAAACGUCUCUGUUGUACAAUGCGAUGAGCAGCCAAGGUGGCAGUUUAACGUGCCAUGAAACCAUCUUGCGAGACGCUCGCGCAGUCCUCGCAGUGAUCCUCGCGGUCCCUCUCUCGCUGCCGGGAGUGACCGCCGCUCGUACUGCGGGCGCAGUUGCCGUAUGCUAGGCUCUCCUCACCCCUCAACCGUGUUUUAGACUUUUGGCCAAAGAUGGACGUCGAGGGUAUUCCAGUUGUGGACUUCAGCGUGAUGAGUCUGGAAAACAAGAAUCCUUUGAGCGAAGAUGAUCCAGCCAUUAGAGACCUUGCCGAUCAAGUGUAUCAAGCGUUUAGUACAAUUGGAUUUGUAUAUCUCAAGAACCAUGGAAUUGCGCAAGAAAUGAUCCAUACUGUUUUUGAGACAUAUGACAAGUUUUUUGCUCUAAGCCUUGAUGUAAAACAAAAGUACACCAAGGAAGAAGGAACUUCUCCAAAUGGUUGGGAUGCUCUUGAAAGGGAAAGCACUAAUCCAGAGAGACCUGGAGAUCUAAAGGAGUCAUUUGAUGUGGGUGCAGUUAAUGAUGAAAAUUUUAAAUGGCCUAAUGCUGAUGUACCAAACUUCCAGAGCAGUGUGAGUUCUAUUUAUCAGUGUUUAAUGGACCUUAGUGCAAGAGUGCUCUCCAUUAUGGCUAUUGGUUUGAAAAUGGAACCAAACUCAUUUGCCUUUGCUUAUGAAAAGAUGGGCACCCACUUGGGUGGUGCUCAGUUAAGGUAUAAUUACUACCCAAUGAUAACAGAUCCCAGUCAAAUCAAACCAGGCCAGAUACGCUGUGGGGAACAUACAGAUUAUGGAGGAAUUACACUGCUGAUUCAAGAUGAUGCUGGUGGGCUUGAGGUUUCCAACAUAAAAUGUAAUGGACAGUUUGUACCUGCCACACCCAUCAAGGGAACAAUACUGGUGAAUAUUGCAGAUUUGAUGCAGAGAUGGACAAGUGACAAACUGAAGUCUACAGUCCACCGUGUGUUGAUACCUGAAACAGAAAUCAAACGCCGUGCUCCUCGCCGCUCUUUGGUGUUUUUUGUUGAUCCAGAUCCCAGUGCCCUUAUCACGUGUUUGGAUGGCUCCAAUAAGUAUCCACCAAUCACAUCAGGAGAAUGGAUAAAAGGCAAACUUCUUGCGACUUAUAAGUAUUGACACACAGAGCGUGACAUCCAUAAUUUAAAGGUGAAAGUGAAGAAUGAUCAUCGCAGUAAAUUUUCCAAUUUAAGCAAUUGGAAAGA